AUGUCUUUUUUCCGACGCAGCGGUAAUACUCCCGCAAUUCCAUCUGGCGUUGUUCGGAAUUAUAAGUCAUGGGAGGGCUCAGAAGGAAAGCCUGAUCGUAGCUUAUCGGGCAUCGGGACGGAUGAUCCCUCGACCUUCCUCAGCACAUGUCAGAUGCGCUCUUGCAGUUCCAAGAAGCCAAGCAAUAGCGUUCAGGGAGCCCAGGCUGCACCCGUCCAACACGUUAACAUCACGUCACGGACGGCUUCUGUCAUACAACAGGCUCGGACCAGAAGGCACGGUCUCAAGGUCGUGCUCGGGAGUCGACCUCCCCAGCCCGACCCGGCUGCCCCAGCGCGUGUCUGCUUCUCACUUCCCAGGCACUUCGUGGUCUUCUACGACCCCACUUCCUCCUUGUGGCGUUACGUGCGGGGUACGCCAGGCGUCUGGCUCGCUGCUACCGCGCAGCCCAGACCUGCGCUGUCAAUGCCAGCACCCCGCCCCCUCCUCGCCGCCCAGAAUUCUGAUUGCACUCCAGAGUUCGAACUUCGACUGCGCCGGCCACGAUGCUACGUGCCGCGGGGAACGGGAUUUCCAUAUGCAGACUGGGGUGAUGGAUGACGGAUGGAAGCAGCGAGGCUAGAGGAGACAUGACGAUCGGAUGCGGGGUGAGCGAAGGUGGGCGAGUGCUUCCGGACGAGCAUUCAGAGAAGAUGAGUCUGCGAAGAUUUUAUGAAGACGGUGGCAGACGCCUCACGGCAUGCCGUGGGUACAGCCCACUCCGACGGGGCAGGCGUCCGCGCGCGUUGCCGGAGCCAAGCGUGAGGCCGCGAGGCACGCGGAAGUAGAGGAGGAUCGUCAUAGGCUAUAGCAUGCGUGCUUUAAUUAUGCAGGGCCAGGAGUGCGGACAUCAGGAGACGAAUAGUCUAUUUGAGACAACAAGGGCGGAGCGGGCGUUGAUUCAAGUACAGCGGCCGCGGCGCCAGGGCGCACACGCGGGGCAUAAGUCAUGUCUACAUAGCAGCACGGUGAGCGGCGAGUUUUCUUCCUUUCUUCCACUUCUAGGCGGCGCGCAA